GGCUGCAGCAUUCGCUCAACAUAAGCGGCAGUAGUGGACGUCCUUUGAGAUCUGCACUUUCCAUUGGUUCACUCUGUAUUUUGCCAACUUGACGCAAUACUUCUGCUUCGUCUUGAGGCAAAGAUGGGACUCCAAUUUGUGGAUGAGCAGCUCACAAUCGCAUUUGAUUGGAAGGAUGCCAUCGGACUCAGCCUGCUGCUGAUCCAUGGGGGUGUACUCUACCUAGUGCUGAAAAGACGCUCCCGAACCUCGGCGGCAUCUGUCAGCGGCGCAGCAGCGCCACCCCUCUCCCAUGUCGCCAGCUCGGGGAAGAAUGUCCCGAAGGCUUUGCGCUACGGGCCUGGAAAGCCCGAGGGCGGUUCAAGGGAUGCGACCGGACCUGGAUAUCUUCCUGAUCCUGAUCCGCUGCUAGACUUAGACUUGAGCAAGGCGACGGUGCGGGACUAUGUGUACGUUAACAAGGUCCUGCGGUAUCCAUAUUUCCAGACGAUGGCGCAUCAGCCAAUGCACAUUAACGAUUGGAUCGAGAUCGACAAGGACUACCAGUGGUAUCUGGAUGAGAAGGCAAGAGUCAUUAGGGAGCAAGGCAAAGUGGUUAUAGACUCUCUCCCCGAGAACGACGCUGCAUGCAACGAACUGCUCGAGACUCUCGUGGACUACCUGCCGAAGCGAUUCCCCACGCUUUUUGACGCAAUUUGGCUUGAAAGAGGCGCAGGAGAGAAGGGAGGCAGCCAACGAACAUAUCCCAUCGGCAUCGUCAACAAGGUGACAGGAGAGCGUUUUCCCGAUGUGAGGGAUAUCAAGGGCGUUGACGCGUUGAUGAUUGUGUCUAGACUAGUGCAGGAUGACUUCUUGAUGGGGAGAGAGCGCGAGGAUGGGAAGGUGUAUCUCGUCGGUGGAUUGAUCGUCUUCCCUGGAUCCUAUCUUUUGUCGGAGAAGAUUGGUCAGCCGAUCCACCAGCUGCAUGCUGACGUCCCGCAGUUCAAGAAGAUCCUCAUGAGUGUCGAGCGCACCAUGACGCGCUUUGCGCCUGACCGUCCGUUUGAGCGCGCGAGCUGGAUGAUCGUAGACGAUCGCGAGUUGUUCUGGCAUAAUAUCAUCUCCGGGUCGAUGCCUGAAGACAUGCAUCCGAAGGACUUAUACCUACGUAUCGACCAUCAGACGUUCCGCAAGCUCCCUAGAACAAGGGGUAUUAUGUUCGGCGUCCAUCCCGUUUUGACAAAGAUUGGCGACCUAGCCGACAGCCCUCUGGUACCAGCUUUGCUAAGCAAAAUUCACAACGAACCCGACAAUGGCCUAAUGGAGUACAAGAAGGCCGAGAAAUAUACCCCGAAGCUGGUUCCAUAUCUGCAGGAGCUUACCCAGCAACAGAUCGCAAGAGGACUAAUCAAGCCCGAGGACGUGGAGGAUGUUGCGAAGUUCCGAGAGAAAGCGGGCGAUGCAGGCUUGGCUUCCGCUGAUGCGAUGGUAUAACACCCAAGGCCGCUCAUCACGGCUUACGCAAGCUUAUGGUCGCUAACGGAGGCACUGGCUCAUCUGCAUCUCUACAAUGGAAGCCCCCACCCAUUUAUACCACGAUCUGGCAAGCGACUCACUCUACAUCCAUAUCCAUAUCCUUGUUCAGCUUCCAAUUUUGUCGGAUUUUGCCAAAUGACUGGUAGAGAAUCUAUAACUUGUUGUUGAAAUAUGCUGCCUGCAUCGUGA